AUGGCAUCCUCCACACCAGCCAAAUUCGAAUGGCUCGUUAUCCUCCCAGAUCAGGAGGGAGCUCUGGCAAAGCGCAUGGAAGUCCGGCCUAAACAUUUUGAAGGCCUCAAAGCCAACGAGGCGACGGGAUUUUGGAAGAUGGGCGGCGCGUUUCUAGAAGAGGUUCCCAAGGAAGGAGAGGGUAUGAAGAUGUUGGGGAGCUGCAUGAUUGCGUCUGCUAGCUCGAAAGAGGAGGUUAUGGAAGCUUUGAAGAAGGAUAUUUACGCUCAGAGUGGGGUGUGGGACCUUAAUAAGAUUCAGAUUUACCCCUUCAAGUGUGCAUUUAGAAAUCCUUGA